CAUCUGCUGUCGCCAUGGAGACAACAGGACGCCUGCUUAAACCGGCUAGCAUUAGCGUUAGCAUUGCUCAAGUGUUUAUCGUCCAUUUUGUUUAGCUUUAGCUCGCCCGGCUAACCCGUGCGCUGCAGAGAUGGAUGACGGUGACGAGCCGGGUUUAGUCCUCUCUCACAACACCUCCUCAGGCUCUAAGUCGGGCGGGGACAAGAUGUUUUCCCUGAAGAAGUGGAACGCUGUGGCCAUGUGGAGCUGGGACGUGGAGUGCGACACCUGUGCCAUCUGCAGGGUGCAAGUGAUGGACGCUUGUCUCCGGUGCCAGGCGGAAAACAAACAGGAGGACUGUGUUGUCGUGUGGGGAGAGUGCAACCACUCCUUCCAUAAUUGCUGCAUGUCCCUGUGGGUGAAGCAGAACAAUCGCUGUCCCCUCUGCCAGCAGGACUGGGUGGUUCAGAGAAUCGGCAAAUAAGCUCCACUGUAGGCGGUCUGCUUUCAGGCGACACCUGAACGCAUCGAGAAGUGGUGCCAGACUUGACAAUGAUCACUGCAACGUCCUGUGCAGAGAGCAACUUGACAUUGACAGACUGCCCUCCUACUUAUGAUUGCAUGUUCCAGUAGUCCUGGUGUCAAAAGGAGGACGGUGGACAAAAUUAAAGCAGCGCAGACUCGUUGGUCAUCGGCUGGUUGAUGUGGAUGGAGGCGAUCAAGAGUCACGAAGAGAAGGAUGAACCUCGUUGCAGUGUUUGGUCACAUGUUAGCUUUACAUUAUUGUCUGUGGUGGUGUUUAGCACAUUUUGAAUAUGUGACUGUGUCUUUUUAAAAAAUAAAGAACUAUGUAUAGCUGUA